UGUAAAAUAUGCAGCGUUUGGUUGUUGAGCAGUGUCAGUGUAUGCGAUCCAAAGUUGCUGAUCUGAUGAAUGUUUAAUAGUUUUGAUUGCUUUUAUGUAUGUGAAUGCUAGAUAAUGUGUUUUCUAUUGGUGUAGGUUGCUGAGGAUUGAGGAACAUGUCAUUCUAGUUCUUUUUUAUCUGUUCAGUAGAAAGGCAGCAAAAGAAAAAUGUUUCCGACAAGCACACAGAAAAAACACUGGAUGUUUAAGGAUGAAGAAGAUAUUGCCAAUCGACGCAGAGAAACCAACCGGCGCUUCAUUGAUAAGCACGGCGCCGAAAUGUCUGAGGAAAAACGUGCAGAGUUUUUUCUCACACCCUCUGAAGAGAAAAUAGUCGCACAGUAUUAUGAGUGUCAUUUGCGCGACUUUUGCAAGGCCUUUCAGCCUCCUAUGCCGAAAGCAGUCUCUGGUACAGCAAGCCACUACUUCAAGCGUUUCUACAUGCACAACUCUGUGAUGGACUUUCACCCAAAGGGUAUAUUGGUAACCUGUGUUUACCUUUCGUGCAAGGUUGAAGAGUUUAACGUGUCCAUCGGUCAGUUUGUUGCCAAUGUUAAGGGUGACAAGGAGAAGGCGACAGACAUCAUCCUCAACAACGAGCUGACGGUGAUGCACGGCGUGCACUACCACCUGACCGUGCACACUCCCUUCCGGCCGGUGGAGGGCCUGCUCAUCGACAUCAAGACGCGCUGUCCCAGCCUGCAGAACCCCGACCGACUGAGACCCAUCAUCGACGAGUUUCUCGAGGCCGUCUUCUUCACGGACGCGGUGCUGCUGUUUGCGCCGUCGCAGGUCGCGCUGGCGGCGAUUCUGUACGCGGUCAGUCGCGUGCAGGAGAACCUGGACGCGUACGUGACGUCGGAGCUGUUGGCGUCGGCGGCGCGGCCGCAGCUGCAGGCGCUGGUCGAGGCCGUCCGAAAGAUCCGCCUGCUGGUCAAGACGGUCGAGCAGCCGCAGCGAGACGUCGUCAAACAGCUCGAGCGGAAACUGGACAAGUGCCGCAAUCAGGAGAACAACCCCGAGAGCCAGGCCUACAAGCGACGGAUGCGCGAAAUGCUAGAGGACGAUGACGACGUGCCCUCGUACAAGGUGGCCCGGGUGGACUCGGACAGCUAGCGGCCGGUGCGCGGCGGCCCAGAGGCGGCCGGACGGUGUGUGUGUCGGUGCCCGCCGCCCGGAGUGGUGCCUCCGGAGCGCAGCCGCAGACGGCGGCUCAGUCAGUCGUCUCGAGGCGCUGAACACUCGGAGAGGGCGGCUGCUGCCGGCCGCUGCUGGAGGCUCAUAGUGGGCACGGCGACAGUGGCCAAGGUGACUGGGACGCGAUGAGAACACGGCUCGAGCGCGAUGAGAGCACUGUUCGAGUGCCUAAAGGCAUCGCUGGGCAUGGGCUGAGCGAUUGUUGCCGUGUUGCGUCAGUGGUGCAGUCAAUAACCAUGCACUGUGUGCCAGGGGGACGUGUGCAGAGGCGUGCAGUGAUGAACAUUGUGAUAUCGCUUGUCAUUGGUGUGCUGGGGUCGCGCCCCUGCCGACGGCCUGGUUGUUGUGCGUCACGUACAUCGGCAUUGUCCGGGCUCCGCCAUGGAGAAGACGCGCGCGUUUUCGAAUCAGGCGUGUGUAUCACCCAUUGAUUCAAUUAUCACACGAUACUCGCAGUGUGUGUCUACCAAUACAUGGUCACAACUCGCUUAUCA